AUGGCGCUAGUGUGCGUGCGCCAGCCAGAUACCUCAGAAACCUCGUGUCAGUCCUUAGUGUCAGUGCGCCUGCGCUGCUUCUCUCCCGUGGUGUUCUACAACUCCCCUCAGUGUGCCUGCACGGCUUCUCUCCCCAUAGUGUUCUACAACAUCCCCUCAUGUUCUACAACAUCCCCUCAGUGCGCUUGCGCGGCUUCUCUCCUCAUAGUGUUCUACAACUCCCCUCAGUGUGCCUGCACGGCUUCUUCCCCCAUGGUGUUCUACAACUCCCCUCAGUGUGCCUGCGCGGCUUCUCCCCCCAUGGUGUUCUACAACUCCCCUCAGUGUGCCUGCGCGGCUUCUCUUCCCAUAGUGUUCUACAACUCCCCUCAGUGUGCCUGCGCGGCUUCUCUCCCCAUAGUGUUUUACAACUCCCCUCAGUGUGCCUGCACGGCUUCUCCCCCCAUGGUGUUCUACAACUCCCCUCAGUGUGCCUGCGCGGCUUCUCUUCCCAUAGUGUUCUACAACUCCCCUCAGUGUGCCUGCGUGGCUUCUCUCCCCAUAGUGUUCUACAACUCCCCUCAGUGUGCCUGCGCGGCUUCUCUCCCCAUGGUGUUCUACAACUCCCCUCAGUGUGCCUGCGCGGCUUCUCCCCCCAUAGUGUUCUACAACUCCCCUCAAUGUGCCUGCGCGGCUUCUCCCCCCAUGGUGUUCUACAACUCCCCUCAGUGUGCCUGCGCGGCUUCUCUUCCCAUAGUGUUCUACAACUCCCCUCAGUGUGCCUGCGUGGCUUCUCUCCCCAUAGUGUUCUACAACUCCCCUCAGUGUGCCUGCGCGGUUUCUCUCCCCAUAGUGUUCUACAACUCCCCUCAGUGCGCCUGCACAGCAUCCGACAACGACAUCCGACAUAUCAAAUAA